AUGCUCGACGCGCUACCUUUAGACCAAUACAAAACAAACUACAGGGAUAUCAUUCAUGACCAGCCUUUAGAGUAUGGAAAUAUGAAAGGGUUGGUUCUUGACAAAGACAGAUUUCGUAGGGAUUUUGAUGACUUUGAUGUGUUAUUGAGAAAAAAUGUUCCUGCUAAGUAUAAAGGGUAUUUCAAUCCGCCAGGAAACGCGAAAAUAAGUACCGACAAUUUGGACAGAUCUAUGCUUGAUGAACAAAUAAUGGAUGACGAUGAUACAGAGGACAUUGAAUACAGGAGAUCGUCUCCGUCAAAAAUGACAUACAAGUUGAGUCCGAUCAAGAAGAGGAGCCAUAAGAAAAUUCCUUCCAUCAGUAUUAAAGACUCAGAGGAUCUGAAAGCUCCAGAAGCAGACAUUUUUCAUAUCUCUAAGAAGGAAGCGAAGAGACCUCUUCAGCAAUUGAAAACUACAGAUGGACUCGAUUCGCUUGUUGAGCAAACAUAUCGAUAUAUUGAUGAGAAUUUAAGGGGAGACACGCAGUUAAGCAAUCUAGUGAGCGAUCUUGUGCAAAGAUUACGAAGUCUGGGGAGGAAAGAGCUCAUCAGAGAGCAGCAAGAAAAUGAAACAUCGGUCGAAGAAAAGGAUAAUAGUAAUUUGGAUCAAUCAGGCCGCUCACAACAGGAGUGGGUCGAACUCUUGAAAGUGUUUCAACAGAAAUUGGCCAAGUACAAGUCUAAAAAUUUAUCGCUACGGUUGGAAAUAGAAGGGCUAGAGGAUAAAGUGAGAAGUUUAAAGCAAUCUAAUAAUAACAAUUCCGAUGAGUUUGAGGAUAGCGAUGAGGAGUACAUACAACUUCAGACAAAGCUUGGAAGAGCGAGAAAGGACCUAGCAUUAAUGAAGAACGAGUUGAGAGAGGUUAAAUUGGAGAAAAGUGAAAUGGAAGUCGAAUUGGAAAGAUUGACUUCGAAAGUGAGUGUGAAAAAAACAGAGCUAGAAGAAUUGAUGUCACGAUUGAACACAAAAGAUAAAGAAUUAGAGAAUACACUUGCCAAAGUAGCACAGCAAAAAGACAUGCUAGACGAACUGGAAAAGAGUGUUGAUCAUGGUCCAAAGCAAGAGGAACAAAACAAUGAUGAUGAAAGUCGGAAGACGGUAGAGACCGAUAUAGAGGAGUUCAAGGAUGAUCCCGAAUUAAAAAAAUUAAAUGAAGAGAUGGAAAGCCUCAAGGAGAAGCGGAUGAUGAUUAUCGAAAAGAGAAGAAAAGAAUGGGAGGAAGCAUCAAGAGCUACACAACAGAGAGAGCAAAGUAAAGUGGCAGGCCCUGUGAUAAACAUAAACUUCCCACCCGAGUUUUCUGACAGAAUUGCUUCAAAAGUUACAGAUGCAAUUUUGACUCGUCACAUGCAGAGGAAAGAAGAAGAGAAUGCUAAGGAAGCAGAGAAGAUUCCAGAGGAAAAGAAGAAGACUCCAAAAUUGAAAGAAGAGACCACAAGUAAGGAAUAUGCACUUCCACAUUUGUCGAGCCCAAUGAAUCUAGGUAAAGACUGCCCUGCGUGCGGGGAGGAAAUAUAUGGGAAAGAGUUUGUCCCAAGGAAAAGAACAACUCGUCCAUACUCUGCGGAUGAUGAUAUUCGGAAGUAUGGCUUUCGAGGCAGUGCGAGAACUUGGGAGAAUAGCAAUAGCUUGAGGAGUAACGACUCAUUAUAUAAGCAGUCUACAUACGGAGCAGUUUGGUGA